CGGCAGUCAACGGCUUUUGCGCGCGUCCAGACGAAAUCAUCAGGCUCAGAGGACUCCCUCUCUGUCCCGCACGACAGAGAUCUCAUCGCAUUCUCUGCUGUGUUCGUCGUGAGCCCUCCCGUCUGGCGGAGUGCUGUGCGGCGUUCUUAUUGAUCGGCUUAUCGACUCAUCGGUGGAGUGAUUUGCUCGUCGACAGUCGCUGCCCUCUCGCCGGUAACCACAUGCACGAGAGAUGACAGACAGACGUCCGAACGACACACUCACUCACUGCGCCACUGUGUGUGUGGCGGUCUUCAGGCGCUUUGUGUUGGCUGCCGUAGCACAGCGGGCGGCACUAUGAACAGCACAUCGGCAGCAGCUGCUGCAGGUGGGCUGACUGGUUGGGAGAGGGGAGGGAGGGGAGGACUCACUUUUGUAUGGUGUGGUUUGUGUUGGCCAGGUGGUGGUGGACGUAGCAGUUUGUUCGGGUUCGUCAACCAGAUCGCCACACAACACGAUGGGCAGUCGGUAAGCCAAGAUGCGGCCACACAAACAGGCAGAGACCGUCAUGCAUUCGUCUGUUUCUCAUGACGGUGAUGUGCAGAAGUCGUCUGAUCUGUUGGCGCGUCUGGUGAAGUUGCACCACCAGGUAGGUGGCUUGGCUCCAGACACAGACGAGAGGACAUGUGGGCAGACAGGGAGAUGGAUGGAUGGCGGGUGUGACAUGUCGUGUGUGUCGUGCGUGCAGUGUGUGCAGAUGGGCGACUCGAUCAGAUACCUCGCUGCCGAGGUCAGUCAGUGAGUCGACCAAUGGCUGACUGAGCACACAUCACAUGGUGUGUCAUUGCUCACUCCCUCCUCCGUUGCAUGUGUGUGGUUUGUGGUUGUGUGCAGGGGUCUGUCGGUGAGAGUCGCCUGCCGAUGCUGGAGAGAGCCAUCGCUGACAGCUCUAGUGCACUUGACCGACUUGAUGGCGUGGCACUGGUAUCUGCAUACACAGACAUGCAUUAUUCAUCCGCCCUCCGGCUUUUCCUUUCUGUGAUUUGGUGUGUGUGUGGCUCAGUUGGAGGGCCACUUCAAGACUUUCGCGCUCUCCCCUCCAGACGAUGACGAGGAGGGGUGGGGAAGGAUCGAGCCCCUCUUUGCAGAGGUACGUGGCCCCAUCGAUGCGAUGGACGCACACCGACAGACAUUGUGGCCGGGUGGACUGACUUGCCUUAUCUGAUCUGCAGGAGCCGUCCAGCAAUGGGGAUCUCUCUGACCACUCAUCCAACACAGUCGCCACGCAGACAGAGAUGGUGGCACAGGUAGGUACGCCGUAUCUGUGUGUGUAUCUUCUUUCGUACUGAUUGCAUCGCUGCUUUUGCUUCAGGGCCCUGGCAGCCGAUUUGCCGACAAGGCCGUCACUGAUGAGACCACUAGGGCCACAAAGACACAGAAGAAGGUACGACAGCUGUUGCACCGUGCUGCUGACAUCAUGACGGCCGACGUGUCAUUCAUUGUCUGUCAGGCUCACUUGAUUGGGUUUGAGUUCGUGCGGCAGCUGCACGCCCUUCCCGAAGCCCUCAUGCACUGCACACUCCUCCCCCUCAUCGACCAGCAGGACCUGCAAACCGCACUCGCCAAGGUCAGCAGUGCCCUCUGCUGCACUUCACCGGCAGUCGGCAGCGCCGUGGCGGCCUUCCUCAUCCCCCAAAUCGACAGCAUCAUCGAACGCGGUGGCCUCAAGGGACUCAUCAGCUACACCCAGAUCCGUCGGCACCUGCAGCGGCAGCCGGGUCGGUGUAUGGAUGUCCGUCGGCCAUUCCGGCUGAUCCAGCUGCACUACCUGAUGGUGACGGGGGGCGACUGGCGGGGCAACAUGCCGCUGCUGCGGCUGGCCAAGAGCUGUGGACGAGUGCAGCAGCUGCCAAUCGAGCUGGCGGAGGACGACCUUCAGCACGUGGGCAGCAAGGCCGUCAUCGACAGCCGCCCCGAGGCCAUCCGCCAGUACAGCCUCUUCAGCCACCGACUGGGGGAUUACAUGCGGCUGACGCGCAAUGCCAACGGGCUGGAGAUGCUGGGCGGACGUGUGGUGACGGUGCACACACGACGGACGGUGCCGUAUGGGUAUCGAGAUCGAUUUGAUCCAGACAAUCCCCCGUUCGGAUGUAAGAGAGAGGGGAGGGUCAAGCACCAUAGGGGAGGCCAUCUGACCUGGAUGGAAUUCCUCCCUCCCUGUUUCCGUGUCGUGUCUGCAGACUGUGGUAUCGUGUACGAUGACUUCAGAGGAAUGAUCAUCAAGAUGUGCGAUGCAGCACCGCUCAAAGUGGAAGGCACACACAAGACGGCAACCUGCUGUUUGCUGUUGCCUUCCCAGCAUGGCCUUCGGGUCAUCGCGUUUGGUGUCGAACCGUUUCCGUGAGUUGGUCAUCAAGGAGUAUGCAGCGACUCAAAUGAGAGAACACAGCACAGCAAUGUGUCGUGUACUCUGUCUUUCUUUCCCUCCCUGCUCUUUCAGGUUGGCAUUGUGGUCGUCGCGUCCGCUGUCUGCUGAGGAUGAUAGCAUCGCUGACCUGAUGGACCAGCAGCCGCCCCUGUGGGACUGCCGCACCAUCGACUACAGCUACACCGACUACGGCUGCCGCGGCUCUAGCCGACUCGUCAUACUGUGUGGCGACGAGAAGGACGACGACUUCGCGGCAUACAUCUGGAUGAGAAAGGAGCGUGAUGGGGCGGCAGACAUCUCCCUCUACACCACCGAAGCGCCCCAGGGGGACGGCGAUGGCCCUGCUGCCUUCCCCAAGGCAGUGGCCAAGGCCCGCAACAAGAUGGGCGACGCCAUCACACUGCUCCCAAAGGUAAGAGGCCAUCAACACAGGUACAUACACACGAAUGAAAAGGGGCGGGAGACGCAGACACGCACGCACAUGGCAUGGAGUGCGCCUUCGUGUCGCUCUGAUGUUUAGGUGUGUCUGCGUGUUCGGCCACAGAGAGGCGACCGACCUUCCAGAUCUUCUACAAGAACCUCCAAGGUCACACACACACAGAUGCUCACACACUAGUGCCCACAUUCGCUUCCUGUGUCUCUUCUUUCUUUUUGCAGGCAAGACCAGAACACUGGACGUCCACCCCAGCGACACCGUCAGGACUGUCAAGGCCAAGAUUCAGGCCGAGGAGGGUAUACCCACCGACCGGCAGCGCCUCAUCUUCAGCGGCAGGCAGCUCGAGGACGGCCGCACAGUGUCGGACUACCACAUCCAGAAGGAGUCGACCCUCCACCUCGUCCUGCUGCUGCUCUUGCGGUGAGACACUCACUCACUGGUGGGUCAGGCAACACACACGAGAAGUCUGACCAGCGGGACUCUGCAAACGUGUGACUUAGUCGUGCGUGGUGGGGGUGGCAUGCAUCGAUCGAGAGAGACAGGGAUGGAUGGAUGAGUAGAUGCGUGUGUGUGUAGGUAUGCGCAUCGGACCAACCCUGGUUGGCUCCGUCCGUUGAAUGUUCAUUUGAGGUGUGUGUGAUGUAUACGCAGGGUCGCUUUUCAAAACUUCCCCUCUUUGCAUCUAUGUACUUGACGGAUUCAAUCCGUGUGUUGGUCGCUUCGGUC